UAAGCUAUUCUUGUUAGCCACGUAAUGCUAGCUCCUCUCUGCUGCCUUUCAUCUUCCUCCCCAACCAAACACUGCUAAACACAAGAAGCCGCGAAUCCCCGGCUCGUAAUAAGUCGUCAGUCCUGCUCCUGGUAUUUGUUUAAGUAAUGUAGAAUGGCGUCGGCUUUUGGGAAGAUUGUGGUCGGCACUUAUGUGGAGAUAAAGCGCAGUGAUGGACGUAUACACCAGGCGAUGGUGACCUCGCUGAAUGAUGACAACGAGAGCGUCACAGUGGAGUGGAUAGAAAAUGGAGACACAAAAGGGAAAGAAAUUGACUUGGAGAGUAUAUUUGCACUUAACACAGAUGUGGCUCCCGAUGAGGAGAUUGCCCCUAGUCCAGAGACUCCACCCCCACCAACACCAACAUGUCUGAAGAUCAACAAGAUUGCAAAGAACCGUCGGACGAUAGCACCAAAUAAGAAUGACACUCCGUCCAAGGAUAAUAGAGUGAUUCCGACCCGGGCAAGACCCCAGCAGCCUCAGCCACCAGAGCCGGCGCCACCGCCUCCAUCACAGCAGCCUGUGCUGCCCACUCAAGCUCAGACUCAACAGCAACUACAGAAUGAGUUCUCGCAUCACCUGAUAUCCAGAAAGGAUUCUGGACAGCUUUCGAGGAGGAAGUCGAACUGUGUGAAAGAGGUGGAGAAACUGCAGGAGAAGAGAGAGAGGCGUCGGCUUCAGCAACAGGAGCUCAGGGAGAGAAGAGCUCAGGAGGUGGAUACGACCAUUCCUAACUAUGAGAUCAUGUACAUGAUCCGAGAUUUCCGAGCCAGUCUAGACUACCGGCCACUGACCACAUCAGAUUUGAUUGAAGAGCACAGAAUAUGUGUUUGUGUGAGGAAACGUCCACUCAACAAAAAAGAAUUGUCCAUGAAGGAUUUGGAUGUGAUCACCAUCCCCAGUAAGGAUGUGGUGAUGGUGCAUGAACCUAAACAAAAGGUGGAUCUGACUCGCUACCUGGAAAACCAGACGUUCCGCUUUGACUUCGCUUUUGAUGAAAGCACCACCAACGAGAUGGUUUACAGGUUCACUGCCAGACCUCUAGUGGAGACCAUCUUUGAGAGAGGCAUGGCCACUUGCUUCGCCUAUGGACAGACAGGCAGCGGAAAAACACACACUAUGGGUGGAGAUUUCUCUGGGAAGAACCAAGACUGCUCCAAAGGAAUUUAUGCGUUAGCUGCUCGGGAUGUAUUUCUCAUGUUGAAGAAACCCAACUACAAGAAAUUAGAUCUACAAGUGUAUGCAACCUUCUUUGAAAUCUACAGUGGAAAGGUGUUUGACCUGCUGAAUCGUAAAACUAAGCUGAGGGUGCUGGAGGAUGGCAAACAGCAGGUGCAGGUGUUGGGUCUUCAGGAGAAGGAUGUGAAGUGCACAGAGGACGUCCUGAAACUGAUAGAAGUGGGAAACAGCUGCAGAACAUCAGGGCAGACGUCAGCCAACGCUCACUCAUCUCGUAGCCACGCCGUAUUCCAGAUAAUUCUUCGGAGGAAAGGCAAGAUGCACGGCAAGUUCUCCCUCAUCGACCUCGCAGGAAACGAGAGGGGCGCUGACACGUCGAGUGCUGACCGCCAGACGCGACUGGAAGGAGCUGAGAUUAACAAAAGCCUGCUGGCGCUGAAGGAGUGCAUCAGGGCUCUUGGCCUCAACAAGCCCCACACUCCAUUUAGAGCCAGUAAGCUGACCCAGGUCCUUAGAGACUCCUUCAUUGGGGAAAAUUCACGCACAUGCAUGAUUGCAACAAUCUCUCCUGGUAUGACAUCCUGUGAAAAUACACUCAACACACUACGAUACGCCAACAGAGUCAAGGAGCUGACUGUGGACACUAACCAAGUGAUGGAGGGUGGUCGACCCAACAUCCAUGCUGUCAAUCAGCUGGAUCUUUUAGAUGAGCAGUGGCUGAGUAUCUCGCCACAGAGAGACGACCUCAAACUGCUCUGUGAGCAGAAUGAGGAGGAGGUGUCUCCCCAGCUAUUUACCUUCCAUGAGGCCGUGUCUCAGGUAGUGGAGAUGGAGGAUCAGGUCCUUGAGGACCACCGAGCUGUUUUCCAGGAGUCGAUCCGGUGGCUGGAGAAUGAAAAGGAGCUGCUGGAGAUGACAGAGGAGGUGGAUUAUGACGUGGAGUCGUACGCCACUCAGCUGGAGCAGAUCCUAGACCAGAAAAUAGAAAUCCUCAUCGAGCUCCGAGAUAAAGUGAAGUCAUUCCGCUCUACUCUCCAGGAGGAGGAGCAGGCCAGUAAGCAGAUCAAUCCCAAGAGGCCACGUGCUCUUUAGUGACUGGAGGUCA